GUGAAAUCGAAAGUAGUGGGAUAAGUCUUCUUUUGAUGUAUAGCUCAGCAACAUUAAAAAAGACUUCGACGUCAGUGUCAUUUUAGAUCUCGUUUGUGAACAAUGUCAAAAAGAGGCAGUAGACCAUUGCCUGAUAUCCCGAAAACAGAGUCGGGCGUAUACGAGUCAAUCAACACACAAGCCAUGACUACUAGUACUAUGAGCAGUAUAAACGAACUUCCCGUACUUGAUCCAUGUACCGUUAUAGUGCAGAAUGUGCCUGACGCCUAUAUGUCGGAGGAAAUGUUGGAAAUGUUUUUCGAAAGCAAAACGUUCAAUCAUGUCCCAUCUGUGAAAAAAGUGGUUCUGUUAGGAAACGAGGCGACGGUGACAUUUGGUAACCGGGAAGACGCUAGUUUCGUGCUACAAACACACCGCGAAAACCCUUGCGAGUUGAAGGGACAGAGGCUGACAAUUCUUCCAAUGGCGCCAGUGGCUGCACCUGUACCGGAAAACCAGUACUCGGACGAGUAUGUUAAACAAACCGAUGCCUCUAGAUCUUCAUAUAAACAGAAAAGCGACCAACAAGACAACCCUUCGGGAGAGUAUUGUCGACCAAUCGAUGUUCGUAGAUCUUCAGUUGAUGAAAAAGAAAUAAGCGACAAAGACAACCAUGCGGACGAUUUCGACACCGUUGAGGUUGAGGGAUUUACCGAUGAAGUGUCUGAUGAUUGUCUGAGGUAUUACUUCGAGAACACAAACAAAUCACGCGGAGGGGAGAUUGAGGCAUUUAGUCGCUCAGAAGGACAUGCCGUCAUUACUUUUAAAGACAAAACAGCUGCACGAAAUGUAGCACAAGCACAACAUACGCUUGGGAAAUGUAAACUGCAUGCGGUACCUGUUCUUACCAAUCACAAAGCAGUUAUGUUCACAAAUUUACCUGAAGAACUUAGCGAGGAAGAAUUUGCCUUAUUUCUCGAAGCAAAACUUCAACUUGACGAGCCUCCCAAAAUUGUUAUAUCUAGAAGAAAAUUGACUGCUGUUGUUGAGUUCAACUCUCUUAUUGAAAUCAGUAAGGCGGUCGAGGCGUGCGCUAAACAUAAACUGAAAGGGAAACACAUUGAGGCCCACCAGGUUCCCGUCAGCAGGUCUAUAUUGGUUUAUGAGAUGCCAGAAGGAUGCACGCACGACAGCGUGCUGUUUUACUUUGAAAACACGAAACGUAGCGCUGGUGGACCUGUUCAGAGUGUUGAAGUCAAGCAUCUGGAGGACGGAUAUUGUAUUGUACACUUCAUGGAUCAUAAAGUGGUCGAAAGCGUUUGCAAUAAGACGGACCAUUCGCUGAACUCGGUUACUAUUAAGGUGGCACCCUAUCGCCGUGAACUAGGCUUACCAGACGAAUGUGAAGCAGCCGUUGGACCAAAAACAUGUUGUUUUACUUUAGACGUAGAGUCAUACGACCAAUACAAGGUGAAGUAUUUCAGAAAACAACCGGCGAUGCAGGCCAUAUUAAAUGAAGAAUUACAGGUGUGUUCCGCAUCCGCGAAAAACUGGGAUGGCAAUAUAACUGUUGAAUGUACCAUUGCAAAAAACGACCCGGCAUUUCGUAAGCUUAAGAACUGGGAAGAGACGACGAGGAAAAUUGUACACGAUGCUUUUGAACGAGUUGUAGUGAAGAAGCGUUCAGUUGAUAGUGAAAUGUGGGCAUCAGUUAAGGAAGGUUUGCAGAAGGUUAUAAUUUCAGACCCCGAUCGUGUAGCUCUAUUCAUGGAAAAAAAUAAUGGAUUAAUUAUACUUGUUGCAGAAGAAUCGAUUAUGGAUAGUACAUGGAGAGCAGUGUUAGAAAAUAUAGAGGGCGCGGAAACAACUUACAAAGCGGGCAAAGAGGCGGUUUCUCAGAUUGUUUCGAUUAAACUUUUCAAAGGAAAAUACUUGAAGAAGUCAGGUUUUGAUAAGCACACUCAUGUCGUCCGGAUGGAAUAUUGUGAAAAAGCACCUAACAUGGAGAUAACACUAACGGGAAAGAAGAAGGAUGUAGACGAAUGUACUCUGAAGAUUUAUACGGAAAUUGAAGACAUCGAAUCGAAGAAAAUUGUACUGGAACCGGAGCGUACACGUUUACUUAAGCGGGUAGAUAUUCAAAAGGCUGUUACAAAGGAGAUGAACAUGAAAAAUCUCACUGAUAUUUGGGAAAUCUAUGAAGAUUCCGUUAUUAUGUACACCAAAGAAAGAGAUGAUUUUAAAAUGAUGGAGCAUAUCAUUGUUCAUGCAGUGUCCAAAGUUGUUGUAACAUUAGAUAAACAUUCAUUAGAAGCAACUUCUUCCGAGAAAUGGAAGACUGUGGAAAAAGGGUUGAGGUCUAAAUGCAAAGACUGCUUAGAGAUCAGGAUUGAUGAUAAGCUGAUGCAGUUAUGCAUCUUUACCACGCCAAAUAUGGAGGAUGAAGUACAAGAAUCCGUAGAAGAGUUUCGAAGCAAAAAUGCUGUUUAUACAGAAAGCUUCUCGGUUGAUGCCUCAAGGGCAAAGUUCAUGAAAAAACACAUGGACACAGAGGUGUCGCAAAUUAGAAAGAGUGUAGCAAAACUUGACAUCCACAGCAACGGAUGCAUUGAGAUAGAAGGAACGUCAGCAAGUAUUAAACCGGCAAAGAAAGCGUUGGUUGAGUUGGCAGACAAACUCUUUGCUGAGGCGCAUGAAAUCGAGAAACCGAACAUCAAACAGUACUUAUCUUGUAAUAAGGGAAUGGAGUGCAUACAGAAGGCAGAGUCACAUGGGCCAUGCGUUAUCGAGACGAAAGGAUCUGGGUUUUCCAAAUCCAUUCGAAUUGGGAAAUCCGAGGGCCGUAAAAUGACAUCUGAGAAACCAACACCAUGCGCAGAGGUGACUGUAAACGGAACAAAGAUAAGUGUCGUUGUCGGUGAUAUAACUGAACUUAAAGUUGACGUGUUAGUAAAUGCUGCAAACCGGGCGUUAAAGCACAGGGGAGGGCUUGCUCGAAUUAUCCAGGAAAAGGGAGGAGAUGCGGUGGCUAAAGACUCGGACCAGAGAAUUAAAAACGAAGGCGAUGUGAAAGAGGGCGAAGUAUACAUGGGCGUUUCUGGAAACCUUGGUUGCAAGGCGGUGGCCCACGCGGUAGGUCCGCAAUGGAAAGGAGGAAAGGACGGCGAGGACAAGCUGCUCAGAAAUGCUGUUCUCAACUGCCUAAAGGAGUCUGAGAAGGGUGGCUUUAAGUCCAUAGCCUUUCCGGCACUCAGCGCCGGCAUGUUCAACUAUCCAAUAGACCAGUCUUGCAAAGAAAUUAUAGCUGCAAUCGUCGGAUAUUUAAAGGACCACAAAUUCAAUGAAGUUAUUUUAUGUGACAUCAGUGAAAACACGGUGAAAACAUUCUGUGAUGCCCUUCUUGCGCAAUACCCGAGUACACAUAUGUUAUUGAAAGUAGGAGAGACCGGGUUAGGGGGACAAAUAGAUAUUCAUGAUGUGGAAUCAAGGCCGUCAUCGGGGCGAUCCAGACAAAGGACAGAACAUAGCUCUUCUAAUAAAGUGUCGUUUGGCAAGGUGAAAGUGGAGGUAGUAAAGUCAGCAUUGGCACAGGAGCAGGUUGAUGUUAUAGUGAAUUCUGCAUCGGCGGACUUGAAAUUAAACAAGGGCAUGUCGUCAAGAGCCCUGUCGGACGCGGCGGGCAAGGGCCUUCAAAGAGAACUUGACUCUGUGUAUCCCCACGGCAUACAAGCGGGGCGGGAAGUUGCAAGCACUGCAAACUUUCAACUUCCAUGCAAACGCAUUUACCACGUGGCUGUCAAACAUUAUUCGUCCAAAGAAGAUCUUAAGAGUAUUGAACAUGUGGUUUCGGAAUGCUUGAAACUGGCCGACAAAGACGGACACGGUUCAAUCGCCUUUCCUGCCGUCGGCACAGGCGGUCAGAAGUUCCCCGUAUCCGACGUAGCCAAAACGAUGCUUUCCAGUGUAGAUUGGUUUUCUAGGCAUUACAAGAAGUCAUCCGUUGCGCUUGUUCGAAUAGUUAUCUACUACAAGGACGAUGCUGUAUAUCAGGCAUUCGUCGAUGCCUUAAACGGUCCACAGGGAGCGUCCGGUGGGACAAGCGAUGCAUCUACUUGUUCAAGUAAUGCAUCAAACCCGGUGCAGAUCGGAAGUCUGAAUGUGACUGUUGUGCCAGGGGACAUUACAUCUGAACGUGUUGAUGCUAUUGUUGCAAGUUGUAACAAAGACCUGGAUUUGGACAAAGGACAAGUUACAAAAAUAAUUCGAACAAAGGCAGGAAAUGCUUUACUUCAGGAUGGAAAUUUUACAAAAGAAACCAUGAAAAAAGAAGGACUUGUCAUGACUGUUGGAGGCAAUUUACAUGCCAAACAUGUGAUUUUUGUUGAAACUAAAUCAAACCCAUCUGCGUGGCAACCUUUGAUUCUCGCUGCGCUGCGAAAAGCUGCAGAUGAGAACUUGAAAAGUAUCUCGUUUCCAGCCCUCGGCACAAAUUACGGAUGCAAACCUUUUGAUAUUGGACUUACAAUGCGCUCUGCAAUUGAUGACUUCAACAAGCAAACAGUGAAGAAUCUCACAGAUGUCCGAGUAGUAGUUUUUCAAGCGGACAUGGUAGCUGAUUUUGUCAUGGGCCUUAACAAGGCUGGUGCUAGUCAUUCAAAGCCGCGGCGUUCGAAAUCACCAGUUCAAGAAUGCAGGAGUACCCGACCACACAACAAAGAUGACGAUAAAGUUCACUUCACGAUUUAUUCGUCUUCCAAAGAUGGAAUUAAACGUGCCAUCAAAAGUAUAGACCAAACCAUCAAGGACGAGUGGCAAAUGGCGUCCAUCAGUGAUUGUAAACCUAUACUACACAAUAAGCAGAUUAAAGAACUGGAGAUGCAUGCUGCAAACAACCACGUUGCACUCACUGUCGAUCAGAGUGAAGGUAAAAUCUGUCUCACUGGACUUAUCGUGAACGUUUCAAACAUGAAGGAUCAAGUUCAUCUCAUGCUAAGAAAUGCCGAUAAAUACAAGCACGAUCAAGAAAACGCCGAAUUACUGCAAUCUGUGGUGCAAUGGGUCUUCAUAAAAGAAACAAAAACAGUGGCGUUUGACAAAAGGACGAACCAGAUCAUAGAGCAAGCGUUCACGCAAAAACAAAAGUCUGUUUCGUUUAAAGUGGGUCGCAGUGACUAUACAAUCGAUUUUAACAAGAUGAAGGAGUGGGAUGUGAAGAAUACAGGAACUAAAUACCCAGUACUUCGGAGAGAUCUGCGAAACGAAACUAAACUGGACAUUCCUUCGCAUUGGAGCGCCAGUAAGGACCCUGCUCAAGUUGAAUGCGUUACGUUAUCGAAGAGCGAUAAGGAAUACGUGCAAGUUGAAACAGAAUUUUCAAAGUCGAUGGGUCAAGGCGGGCAUAUUACUAAGAUCGAGCGAAUACAGAACGCAACACUCUAUACGCAAUACCUAGCCAAGAAAAAACAAAUGCAGACGUCCUGCAAGAGACAGAAUGUGGAACACACUCUCUGGCACGGAACAGCCCAUGCCGCCGUCAAAAGCAUCAACGCUCACGGAUUCAAUAGAAGCUUUUGCGGGAAAAACGCUACCGCAAUUGGAGAAGGCGUCUAUUUCGCAGUGAACGCAACGUACUCAGCCCAACACACUUACUCGCCGCCCGAUUCCGCCGGACACAAGCGAAUGUAUCGCUGCCUCGUUCUGACGGGAGAUAGCACGCAAGGUGCUCAGGGCAUGCGAGUACCCCCUCCUAAGAACCCAACCGUGCCCCAUAUUUUAUAUGAUUCCGUCUCGGGCCCAGGCAUGUUUGUCAUCUUUAACGACACGCAGGCUUACCCCACACACUUAAUUACAUUCAAAUAAACUUUUCAAAUUUGCGCGAAUCCCACUUCAAAACGUUACAGAAAAGUGUGGAGAACUAGACCUAUUAAUGUCCUGCAAUGUUAAGGGAGAUUGUCGGUAAAUGUGUCAACUGUAAAAACACUUAAAGUUGAAUAUAUUUCUCUUAUUCACAAAUAAUUAUUCGGUAUAUCUAUGUAAUAAAUACGGAAUAUGACGCUAGUCAAUUGUUCCAAGUGUUUGUAUCACUCGAGUGGCUUGUGUGAUGACGUAUCACACGAGAGGCGGAGCCUCGAGUGUGAUGCGAAAUAGCACAAUCCACGAGAGUGAUACAAACUCUUGGAACAAUUGACUAGCGUAAUAUUUCUUUUAUUAUAUACAACAACUAACGAAAACAGUUAACAAUUGUAUUUUUUACUUUAACAAAACUGACAAAACAAUGACUAAAACGGUACGCCAUAGUUUAUUAAAGACGCGUAUGAAUACAGUUUAUGUAAAUUAACGUGUAAACAUUCGAACCGGGAAAACACAGGUUUCCGACACACUUACCUUAAUGCCAUCGUUAAUCCAAUGUUUAUAACAAUUAAGUUUACAACUUUAAUCCGAUGUUUAUAACAAAAACGUUGAAACAAUAUGCACUUCCACUUCUAUCUUCCAUGUCUUUAUCGAAACUUAGUUUAAACCACACUAUUUUAUUAUAUUCCUAUCGAAAUAUACAUUUAUGCAUGAUAAACACACACUCCAAGAUUCGUUUUGAAUUCGUUCGAUGGUUUUAACAAAUAGUUUACUGUUAAAAAACACCACGUCCGACAUAUCCUUAAAUUCCAUAGAGUUUAGAUAAAACUAUUGUGUUUCGUCACAGAAAUGACGUCACACGAUUUACUACGUAAUAUAUUUCGUAAUAUAAAAUAUUUCUAUUCGGUGCGCGUAAUGUGACGUCAUUAAAUGGGUCGAAGUAGUCCGGCUAGUAUGGUAAUACGGAAUUGGAAACAGCGAGUAGCGUAAUUCGGGAUUUUUUAUUUCAACGAUUGAUACAACCUGUAUUUUGUUGAAAGCAUUAAACAGGUAUAUAAUAACACAUUUUACCAAGAUUUCUUGCUAUAAUUUACGCUGUGCGAAAAUGAAAAGACUGUCGAAUUCAGCAUAUUUACUAUUUAGGGCUGGCACACAUUAUGCAAUGUGCUAAAUGUUACUUUCAAUUGUUGGAUUGUUUUUGCGUUUUCAUGAAAGUAUUGUGUUGAUUUUUGUGUGAGUUAGUAGCUUACAUGCAAACCCAGCUUAGAGUUGCACAAUUAUUUUAAGUAAAUUAAUUUAGUAAAAAGUUGAUAAAAAAACUGGUUCAGUGGCAUAUUCAUGUGUAUUGUUUCUUUAAGAUACAAAGAUGGUGUGUUCCUUGUGAUAUUAAACGUUGUGUUUUACAAAAGUAUCUUUUUGUCUUUAUUAAAAUUGACACCAAACGUAAAGUUUAACUGCAUAUUUAGUGCAAUUGCCAGUUGAUUUUUUUUAUUACCACGUUUUUGAAAAUAGUGUAUAUUACAUUGUAACAAUUUGGAUAUAGCCUUCUUAGGUCACUUAUAAACUUAAAAAAAAUAACAAAAUAAUGUGGCCUUAAUGUCCAAUUUGUAUGUUAGCUUGGUUUUAUUAUUAUAAAGUGUUGUAUUAAAUUAUUGCAUUUGUUUUGGAGAUUAUUGUUUUUGACAUUUAUUGGAUGUGAAGUGUGUUUGUUUUGUACAACAUUACUUUGGUACAUGUUGUUUUAAACUUAAAUGCAAAUUGUCAAAUAAUUUUGAAUAUGGGCAUGGAUUUAUUGUGUACAUCUGUAUGAACUUAUUUUAAAUUUCAGUGAGCGUGCACUGUGAUUUCGUGUAUUUUCGUUGACAUGAAAUAUCGUUGACUCGUUAAAUUGUGCUUAUUCGUUGUAUUUCAAAUUUAGCUAAUCAUACUGAAAAAUACCUAACUUAAAAGAAACAUGCUCUGCAAAUGAGUUAAAACCAUGUGAUUUUUAUGUCUAGUGGGUAUAUUAGUUUGUUGUAUUUAUAUAUGUUGCCAUUAUUUUAUUUGUUUGGAUAUGUGUGUGUGUGUAACGUUUUUGUUGUGAUGUGAGUUUGUCUUGUACUACAGUUUCGUUCUGUUCUCGUUGUUUUAAACUCAUAUGGUCAAAUAUAUUUUUUUUGCAUAUA